CAAGUGAUCCAUGGAUUCAUUCACUCAAAAUUCUGUUCACAUCACAGCCCUGUACUGUCUCGUCACCGGUUUACUUCAUUCCGCAUGACUAUUCAUCAAGAUGCAUUCUGACUUGUGCCAAACUAUAGACCGCUGGGAAUUCGCACACCCGCAGCCCAAGGCACCUUCUCUGAGCAUCGCUGCUUCAAUAGAGAGCAGGAGAGGAAUGGAACUUCACCAAUCCCAAAAUCGAUAUUCAAGCAAGCCGUGGGAAAGUCCGAGAUCAGAAAGAGAAGGCGCGAGCAUGCCGGCUCUGACCAUCAGGCAAUCGCCCGGGCGCCACCUGCCUGGCCCGACAUCUCUGCUCGAUACCAAACUUGAUACGUCUUCUAUGCCACGAUCCGAAUCUGGAUCACGGUCCCAGUCUGCACAGUUACAAAUGUCUCCGGUACAAUUACCGCCUAUUCGCGAGCUCGUGGAUCUUUCAGGUCGAGGCGAACGACGAGAGGCAGAGUACAGAGCGGAUGUGUCACCUAUAUCGAACGGCAAGCGUCGGCGGAUUCUAGACGAGGACGAAGAUGCAGAGGAUUCGAGAGACUCGGCAUUUCCAAGAUUUCAUAGAAGCCCCAGAUUAAUGGACCGUCCUCACAGUGCGGCAACUGUUGGUCCUAUUCGACGUGCAAGCACCGCAUACACCUCCGACACUCGUUCUGCCCGCACAAGUCCUUACCAGUCAACCCGUGGCCUGCCUGCAAUGAGGACUACUCCAAGUUACGAAUUGCCACCCCGACCGGACGACAGACCAACGCUACCAAGCUUACCGUCCUUGAUACAAAACCACAGCUCUACGAUACCUCGCAGUGUGCAGCCCUUUUCCGAGUACUCCUUUGGCUCCCCAAGAGCCAGCGCACAAACGUACCCUCCCUUCACAUCCUCGUUUGAGCCUUCCACGUCGUACCAGAAACCACCAACUUACGCUUAUGGAUACGAACCUCGUGGACAUUCAUUCUCUGGUCCAUCAUCAUCUUAUCCAAUUGGAAAUGACCGGAGUCCCUUUUCUUCAGCGCACCAUGCCAUGUACCCCAACAGCAUGAACCCGUACAGCACAGAUGGAAAUGACAGAGAGGGCGACACACGACAAAGAAAGAGACGUGGAAAUCUUCCCAAAGAGACCACCGACAAGUUGAGGGCCUGGUUCGUUUCUCAUUUGACACAUCCAUACCCAACCGAGGACGAGAAGCAAGAGUUGAUGAGGCAGACUGGUUUACAAAUGAAUCAGAUUUCAAACUGGUUCAUCAAUGCCAGGAGGCGCCAGCUUCCAGCUAUGAUUAACAACGCUCGUGCCGAAUCGACUGCUCGAUCUGCCCGCUCUGCAGAUGGAGGCAUGCAAUCUCAAAACAAUGUUUACGCAGACAACCGAGACCGCAGGGGCUCCAGUGAUGGUGAUGGAAGUGUGUACGAUGAUUGAGGCGAAGAAAUGGGAAACAGAGAAGGGCCUAUACGAAUACUCAAAAGCACCACUGCCGCGAGAACGACCUGGCACUGGAGGUUCCCAAGACUUUUUACUUCCACCCUCUGGAUUGGAUACCUGGUGAGCGAUCAUUUCAAGGGAUUCCUUGACAAGAUGAUUGCAAGUCUCAUCCUAACUUCCGGAACUCGCGGAGGAUCACUGCAAGAACCAUUGCACAUAAGGCAUAGAAUUGAAGAUUCCGGACCAGGUUCUAUUGGGAAGUCUCAAAAUCGCCACCAUUACGCAAGCUACCACGGAUGCAAGGUUGCCGGCCAUGAGAAGGAGGCGGUUGUACUUUAGGGCGUGUAAUAGUAAGAUAGAGCAGAGAACAAAAAUCAUACACAGUAUACCAAGCUAGAAUCUGAGACAUGUGCAUGUCAACAUCUUAUUUCUUACGUCGAUAAUGCGAUGAACCUGGGCAAGUUAUCUAAAGCUUUUCCAUACUUUCCCCAUCCCAGUCCUGAUUAAUGCCAUACCACUUCUCCAAAGGCUAUUAGCGAAAAGACAAAAAGCAUGCUGAAGAACUCGAAUUCAGGCCUGACUGACAUGGCCCAACCCAAAACCAACCAGAACCAUUUAAAGGAGGCCCAGAACAAGUUCAGAUGACUCGCCACCAGAAACCUUAAACGCAUUCAUGAAUCUUUACCCUUGGGCUUCGUGGCCGCUCGUCUUCAGCGCUUACAUCAUGUUCUCUCAUGCCGUUCCGCUCCCUCAGCAGAUAGCACGCACGCACGCAGGGCGGAAUAAUAGAUAGGUAGAUGACAGUACAGUGGCCGGGGGGAACCAAUUGUUAGGGGCACUUGGUGCCAAGGGGCGCGGCAGUAAUUAGGGGGAUUAUCUUUGAGGAUUGUCACCUAAACUUGCAUUUCCGUCUGGAAAAUCUCCAGGCUUUGCAGGUUGCAGAAUGCAGACAGGCAGCCAGGCUCCAGCCACGAUGAGCAGGCCUCGCAGGCGCGGCUGCGCCUGUCAUGUCACGUCAAAGUCAUGGUCAUGGUCAUGGUCAUGGCAAGAGGCAGGGCCAAGAUCAAGAUUUCAGGGUUAAGGGGGAAGCGGGCUCGGGCUUGUGAAAAGAAGGUUUAGUGAGGCAGGUAGUCUUGCGAGGUGGGCAGGGAUCCGGGGGGUCACAGCCGUUGGAUGGGGUGGGUGAGUCGCUCAGUCGCUGUCGCUGAAAGUCUGCCGCCGCUGCUGAAGAAACCACUAACUUGGCCGUUGGGGGCACCGCGACCACACUCAAGCAUGCACGCACGGCUCAGGGGGGUGGAUGCUCAGGGAGGGACGGGUAUUAUUUCCGUGAGGGUGUUGUGUGUGAUGACGGUACGUAAUUUUGGUGGAGGGAGAGAAGCCACAGACAGGGCAGACAGGGCACCGUCGAGACUCACGAGAAGAUUACUUUACAGUAGAGAAUCAGAGAAGGUGUUUGGGGCGAGAUGUGCUAUGGCAGAAGGAAACAAAACGGGGAUGAAACGAAACAAGCUGGAAACGACGCUGAGGUCGUAUCCGGAAUAUUUUGAUCCUAGUGACAGGUGCAUUGAGCGGCUUGACGUGACUGAAAGUAGGGUUAGGUUGCGAGAUGGGAUGGUUCGGUUCCGAGGACUUCGUUUUUUCUGGAACAUGUUUGGACUUCUUCGAAAUAGAGUUGUAUUGGAAGCGUGCUGAGCGAUGAGAGGGUGGUCGAUCUGAAUAGGUUGACUGAUUAAGGCAUGGAAAAAGCA